UCUAAUCUUUUCGCAUGUGAAUGUGUUUGUCCUUUAAUCCAGUUGUACGCCUCGAGUGUUCUCUCAAUGCAUAGUUGUGUGUAGUGCUCGUAAACUUCUCGUGUGGAAAAUGUAAACAGCCUACAAUAUAUCAGUACCUAUUUGCAAUUCAAUGAUUCAACAACAAACCCUUUCCCCUUGUGUUUUCUUUUCACCGCAUUCGUGUUUGUUUUACUUACCACAACAAAACCAAAAUCAAAAACAAUAAAAAUUUCAAAAAAUAAAAAAAUUAUAAUAAAACCAAAACGCCAACCACAAUAUAUAGUCCACCGGUGGUGGCAAUCAAUCCACUGCAACACCAACAAACACAACACAAUCGUCAACCUGCAGCGAAGGCAGCAUCGACGAGCACAACGAAGAUGAGCUCGAAGACGUGCAAGAAGUCGAGGAGGAAAACAUGGAGGAGCUCUAUGCUGAGGACGAGGAAGUAGUGAAGAAGAAAGAUGCUUACAACGUUGAACUUACGCGAAAUGAUGAGUGGCUGGCAAUAUCGCCCGCCGAUAGUGCCAGCGGCAACAACAACUACAGCUGCAACGCAGCAGACUCCAUAGAGGCUACCGACAACGCAGACGAUUCCCUAGCGGCCAAUUACAAUCUCGAUAAUUGCAAUGCCAACACCAAUAUCAGUUCCAAUAGCAAUGGCUGUGCCGGCAAUUUGUUUUAUAAUACCAAUAUUAAUGUGAAUGCCAACACCAAUCCCUGCACAAGUAGCAACAACACAUCCCCAACCAAUUGUAGUGCCCCGAAUGUUAAUGCAACGCCUAAUCGCAAUCGAUGUAACAUUUCGCAAAUAAAUCAAAAUCAGAAUCACAGCCACAAUCUUAAUCAGAAUCUGAGUCAAAAUCAAAAUCAAAAUCAAUAUUUGGUUCACAAUUCGAAUUCGAAUCUAAAUUCGUUAGCACAAAAUCGCAACCAAAAUUCUAUGCCAAAUUCCAAUACGAAUGCGAAUGUGAGCACAAUUCACAACCACAUGAAUCCAAGUAUUUCCUCCAGUCUAGAGAUAAUACUCUCACCUAUAAUACAAAGUAGUCGACGGGCGCAAUAGUCGGCGAAAUGAGCACGGAAUUAUGAGAAUUAGCCAAAUUCAAUAGACGUCAAUAGCCGUAUGUAAAGCAGCAAACAACAACGCCAACAACACGCGCUGGCAAACUAACUACAAUAGAGGGAGCACUAGCGCUCGUCGAACAACAGCAGCGGCAGCUAAGUGAGGAUUUUCCACAACAACAACAAUGCCAAGAAUAUCACGAAAUGAGCGAGCAACAAAUACAGCCGCUGGCGCCGCCGCCAAGCGCAUUUUGCAAACACUGGCUACAACAACAGCAGCUGCAGCAUCAAAAACAACAAAAAAAUAUGCAACAAGAACAAUAGUAACGCGUGUAGCAAAAAUACAAGCGCGCUUAGCGGCCGCAACAGCAACGAGAACAUCCACAGUGGCAACAGUUGCAUGCAACAAGCACUGCUCUACACAGUUUCUGCUAAAAUAUUAACUAGCCCAGCAACAAGCAUGAAGCAAAAGGCAGAACAUGAGUGCAGCGGCAGCAGCUGAAGGGAAAAAGUUAGCAAAAAGCGUGUAUUUGCAGCCAGUGCAGUUGAAUAGUUUCGUUGCGGCACCCACAUGGUUGCGGUUGUGGUAAAAAUAUAUAUGUAAAUAUGUAGAUGUGUAUGUGUGUGUGUGUGUGGAACUUGCAACAGAGAACCGGUAACUGGUAAAAUAAGUGCUAGAAUUUUUUCCAAAAUAAAACACACAAAAAGAAUAAACGAUUUGAAAUAAAAUGUUGCAAGCAGCCGCAACAACAACAAUAUAAACAAAAAUAAUAAAAAGAACAACAAUAACACAACAACAUUGUUAGCAAGCUGUAAGCGAUACAAGCUUACAGUAAGUACGCACACAUCAUUGGCAUGCGUUCAGUGUUUGUGUAGUGUAGCAUAGUUUCAGGCACACUAUUUCAAAAGUUGCAAAGCUACUUAUAUUUCGUCAAGUAAAUUGGCAGCAAAGCGAAGCAACAGCAAAAUAAAUGUUGUAUAGUUGUAUCUUGUUGCAUAAAUGCAGAAAUAGUCUAAAAUUUGUUUUCAUUUUGUUGCGAAAAAACUGAAAUAUUUGAAGAAAACUUUACUAAAGCGGAGUAUUCAGAGCUGUUUAAAUCCAGUUUAUUCAUAAACCUUUUUACAAGUAGCACAUAGUUGCCGAAAAUUUAACAAAUCAAAAUAUUUAAACGAAACUCUCAACAAAUAAGCAUUGCACAUAGAAAAAGUUUCAUAUUUCUCAGCAAAUAUUUAUAUAUUAACUUACUUUAGCAUUACUUUUAACAGCUGAUGCCCAAGGAGGCCCCUCGUUAAAUAUGCUGCCAUUUCAAGAGAACUAAUACCCAAUUUAAUGUCGCUGCGCGUCAGGGCGUGACAACGACCUCCAUUAAAUACAAAGGAAAUUGAUUUUAAUGCAAUUGCUGAUGUGAGGCGAUUAAACAUUUAUAGCACGCUUCUAUCUCUUCGACUUAGCAGCUGCUUUAUACGCAAUUGUAGAGUGGACUUUUAUGUUUCAAUCGUAAAAGAAUUAAGUGCUGUUAAGCAGAUAUUUUUAUUAUGAGAUCUUGCACAAGUAAAGGAUAAAGCUUCAGAGUAUAAAAAUAUUUACAGAAUUACAAACUUGGCACUGAAAAAGAACGAAAAUAAAAAUUUUUGAGUCUUCAAUAAAUUUUCGAGAUUUGUAUAUCAUAUGUUUGGGAACCCGAAUUGUUUUUACGGAUCCAUGAACUGUUAUUUAGAGAAGUAUUAUUUUGUUGCUGACAUCGUACACAAUAAAGAGUUCUUACAAUAGGAAAACUUGUCUUCAAUAAAUUACGUGGAACUGGGGUUUGUAUGUUCGGGAUCCUGAAAUGUUUCGAAUUGGUAUUAGUUGUUUCCUAUAAUCGCAUAAAAAUAUAUUUUUUGGGAAUUUGUAAAUUGUAAAUUUUCGAAGUUACUACAGCCGAUCCUUAAAUAAAUGCAAGGAUAUAUAACGGGAAUAUACAGUUGUAAUCUUUUUUUUUUUUUAAGCAAUAUUUAAAACACUUCAUCGCAGCCACAUUCGCAACAAUAAAUUCCAUUUAAAUGAUUCUUAAAAAUGAAAAUUUUUAAAAACUUCAAACCAAAAGCAAAAGUUCGUUCCAGAAUACGCGAUCAGACCCAUUCCAGUAUUUUCUUUUUUAUUGACCUAAGCUCAUUAUCUUAUUAAAUUUAUUUACCUAAUGUGCUUAUCGUCUGCACUAAAAACACAGUUCUUCUAUGUACAAAUAAGGAAAGAGAAAAACGCAGAUAUUCAAAUUGCGCCAAAGGUCUUCUGCAUAUUAUACGAAAAUCAAAAAAAAACAGAGCUUUUAUUUAUUUUUAAUUUUUCUAAAGUGAACUAGUUAAAGCGAAACUACUUAUGGUCUACUGCUGCGCUCUUAACAAUACACGAAAAUAAAAGCAAAAGCGAAAAACUUUUCAAAUGGAACUAGUUAUAAUUAGGCCAGUUGCAGGCCAGGAAAAACAAAGCAAACGUAAAAAUUUUUCCAAAGCCAACUACUUGUGGAGCAGUUACUGACUAGUUGCGUACUUUUUACCACCCAUCUUCCAACUGCGCAGCUACAACUAAGCAUUUCAUAAUAAGCUAAAGAAACGGAAAAACACAAACAACCCUGUAUGCAUAAGACACUAAUUGCUAUAUGUAAAAAGUAUCUAAAAUAAGUCUCUGUGCAAAUAAUUGUUCUCAAAAGUAAUAUAAUAUAUAAUAACUGCCAACCACACUCGACUACAAAUUGUUGCUUCUGACAUUUACAAGCAAAAUAAAUCGCUAUUGCAUUUGAGAAACAAGCUUCCUAUAUUCAUUUUAGCGACAAAUCUAAUAAAUAUGAGCGUUGUUUUGUUACUUCAAAAGGAUUAAAUGUGAAAAAGAAUGCAUAAAAUAAUCAAAAGAAAAAUCAAUACUAUUGAAAAAGUAUUUAAGGAAAAAAUUUCAAUUAAAUGUUGCAAGGAUAUGUGUAUAUUUAGACUUAAAAGAAACUUACCAAUACCAUGUAGCACUGCCAUCAAAACUUUUAUAUAAGCAAAUCAAGUAUAUAUGUAAUGCUAAUGAAUAAUAAUGAUUAUUUUUUAAUUAAACUACAACAGUAAUCAAAUUGUCUAAACUUAUGUUUUAGCAUAAAAAUCGAUAAAUCAAACUCGUAAGCAUAUUUUAAUCUCUUAUGUUAAGUCGUAAAUAAUGAAUUUGUCAUAAUUAAUUACAUAAGUAAUUGAAAAACUAAUCAAAAUAAUAAGCAACUAAUUUAUUAAUCAAACGGUGUGUACUCUCACUACUUACUAAUUACACAUAAAAAAAAUCUAAAUAAUUGAGCAAUUAUUCAAUUAAACUCUACUAAAUGUCACAAUAUGUCAUAGUGUUAGUAAAAAUAAAUGUAGAAAACCGAAAAUCGAGCAAUUAAAAUUUUAAAUUUAUGUGUACACGAGCGAAUGAAACUAUACUAAGCGCGUACUUGCGUCAACAUAAUGCGCCAUUCACACUGAUCAAUUUUAAAACUCACAUAUAGCAGAAGGCCAUUAAGCCCACACCCAUGCAUAGAAAAUGAUAUGGUGAAUUUAGUUUAUGUAUUGAAACGACACACGCUAAUUAUAUACUCAACUUAUACUAAGGAAUGCAUACUUAAACACUUUGAUAAUUAGUUGUAAGCAGUUACUAAAAAUUGUACUCGUAUAUGUGUAAGUGAAUAUAAAUUAGUGGGCAUAUAUAUGUACAUGUGUGUGCUAUAUUUAUAUAUGUGAAUGCAUAUGUAACUAUGUUUAAGUCAACAAUAUAAUACCAAGUAUGUAUUUUUUACUGUUUAGUGUUUUAUGAAUGUAACUUUUACUUGAACACGAUAAACGAGUUUGAAUAAACGUCUUUUAUACAAAUAA